GCCUCCGGUGGAAUUGCAUUACCCUAAAUUCAGAGGAACAAUGAAACUCUCCUACAUAAAUGAGAGUCCUGUUUGUCUUUUCAACUACAAGCGUGCUGUGAAUAUGGAUGCAAAGCAGCCUGUUGUUAAGAUUCCCAGGUCAGGGGUGUCUGAUUAUUAUGAGGGAACAGGUUACCGCAUGGCAUUAAUAAAAGAUCCAGACAUGAUGAAGAGAAGGCAGUUCAAGUUUCACACAAACAGCCGAGAGACAAACGCCUUGUUAUUCUACAUUGGCAAUGAAGAGUCUUUUUUCUCUGUGUUUUUGGAGAAAGGCUUCCUGGUGCUUCAAGGAAAACAAAUGGGUCGAGAAGUGAGACAGCAGAGUGCUGAAAAAGUGUCUCUAUUUGACAGACACUUUGCAAUCCUUAUUUCAGGCACUUUUCUUGUGCACUAUGGACCAAAGCAGAUCUCCACAGAUCACAAUCAAACAAUCUACACAAGUUAUUACAUCGGGGGUCUGCCAGCACCGCUCAGACAGAGACACAACAUCACAGCUCCACCGCUGAGAGGAUGUGUGGAUCACCUGACAGCAGAUGCUGAGAUUGUUCAUUACAACAAGACCAUUGGUGUCAGCGAUGGAUGUCCACUCUCACUACUGGGUGUUCAUUCAGCUACGUUGUAUUCUACUCUGUUUGUUGAUUCCCUGUUUGCCUGGGAUGAAAAGCCUCUCAGAGUCUCUCUGGGCUUCAGGAGCACAAACAGAAAUGGUACUCUUCUGAGGAGCAGCUCUCAGGACUCCACCUCUGUGCAUGAGCUGAAGUUGUCCCUGCAUGAUGGCUAUGCAGUAUUUAACAGUGAUAAUUACACCUUGAGGUCAGAGAGAAGGUACAGUGAUGGAAGCUGGCACUACUUGUCUGCAGUAAGCAGGCCUACAGGGUUAGAGCUCAGCAUUGAUAAUGUGAAGGUAACCGAGGAACAAAUGCCCCAUAGCAGGCCAGUGGAUCAAAAUUUGCAAGGAGGGAAAUUCACAGGCUGUAUUGCUAAUCUUUAUACAAGGAGGCCUGAGAAGAUUUUCAUACCUGUCGACCUCAGCUUGUUUUCACUAAAGGAAAAUGUAGUCAUUGGCCAGUGCAGUCUUCUACCCCCAACACACACUGAGGUUUUACCAGCACCUGUACUGAAACGACCCCAGAAACACAAACCCAUUCAGGUUCCAGCAGGUAGCCAAUGCAGGAACCAGCAAGCACAACAUGGUGAAUACCAGCUGCUUGAGGAGCACAGCUGGCUUAGUUACACCCUGCCACAAGAAGACCUUAAUUACAGGCCACACUUCUCUCUUGACAUCAAGACCAAGUCGUCCAAAGGGUUGAUCCUCCAUGUAGCAGGGAGAGGAGCCGUCCCCUUGCUGGCUCUGUACUUGGCCAAUGGCAAGAUUAAGAUGUCACUUGGGCAAAACAGAACCAUCCAGCACAAGCAGAAGAGCAACGAUGGGAACUGGCACAGAGUUGAGUUCAGUGUGGAGAAAAGCACUUUUCAUCUGCUGGUUGAUGGAGUCCGUGUGACUGAUGGACAUCUGCCAAACAAUGAGGGAUCAUCUCUAGACCUGCACAACCCGGUGUAUCUGGGAGCUGAUCCGAUAAGCACAAACACAAAAGGACACAAUGUUCCUGUGAAUAGCGUGAUUGGAUGUAUACGGGAUUUCAAAAUGAAUGAGCAGGUUACUGGGGAACCGGAGGCAAACCACAAAAUUUUACCCUGCUUUGAUAAACUCACAGAGAGGGGGACGUACUUUGGUGGUGGUUACAUCAUGUUAGAUGAGUACUUCCCCUUUGGCUCCCAGUUUGUGUUGUCCUUUGAGCUGCGCCCUCAGUACCUAACAGGUCUUCUCUUCCAUGUUCAAAGUCACAAGACCAGCCUUAAUGUGUUCUUAAAGGAAACCAAGCUGGGUGUCAAAGUGAAUGAUGGCCACCGUGCUGUCAGUGUUUCAGUGACUCCACGUGAAAGCCUCUGCGAUGGGAAAUUUCACAUCGUCACAGUGUCCAAACAACGUGAAGUUCUCAAACUAGUGAUGGACUCCAUGUCCGAGCAGAAAGCUGUCCCCCUUUCAUCUACUUCGUAUUCAACAACACUGGAUACACUUUACAUUGGAGGGACAACAAAGCAGAGCCAAGUCUCUGUGACCUCACCAUUUGUGGGCUGCUUGCGAAAUGUGAAGCUUAAUGGAAGGUCUGUUCCAUUGGAGACAGGAUCCAGGGUGGUUGGCCCUGUGAGCAUCAAUAGGUGCCCUGCAGACUAAGGACAUUUAAUUAAUGCA